GCAUCAUAAGGGCCUUCGCACACAAAUUGACAUAACAGUAACGUAAGACGUACCGUAAGAAUUAAUCAAUUAUGAUCGAAUAUUCAUAAAAAUGGCGACCUUACGGUUCAACGAUUCUCAACAUGAUUAGUCAAUUCUUACGGUACGUCUUACGUUACUGUCAAUUUGUGUAUGAAGACCUUAACCAUAGUUGAAUUUUGGGACACAUCCCAGAUGGUUAACACUUGCGCAUGCGCGCAUGAGACAUCUAUCUUCUUCUUUUAUGUCUCCAUCUCUCAUCACGCACUGCUUUCAUUACUGGUCGACAGUUUUCUAACGAAGGCAGCGGACGGGUGGUACCUCGUACGACCUCGUGUGAAUAAACGUGCGAGACGCCGUGUGUAUUAUCGCAAUUGUGAGAAAUGGGUGGCGAAGAAGGACUCGGCGUGACCACCGGUCAACCGAAUCUGUGCAAACAAGAUCUAUCCAAAUUGGAUGUGAGCAAAUUAACUGCAUUGUCCCGUGAGGUAAUCAGCAGACAAGCAACAAUUAAUAUUGGUACCAUCGGGCAUGUAGCGCACGGAAAAUCGACGAUUGUAAAAGCAAUUUCGGGUGUACAAACUGUACGUUUUAAGAAUGAAUUGGAGAGGAACAUUACUAUUAAGCUCGACUCGGCGGACGGUAGCAGCGGCGAAAAGGCAGAUAUAUCCGGCGGCAAAAGCGCAAUGCCGGCCGUUUACCGAAAACGACACCUCUCCCCUGGAGACAUUGAUACAUUGCCACCGUUCGCCAAGCAGCCCAAGCUCGAUGAGAAUCGCAACAAGUCCCGACGACUGGACAGCAGAGACAUUUUCCUCCGCUCCUCCUCUUCAACAUCAUCAUUGUCGACGACUUCGUCAUCGUCGUGGUCGUCGUUACCAUCAUCACCAUUGCCAUCGUCGUUGCCAUCAGCGUCAUCGUCGUCAUCGUCAUCCUUAUCAUUGUUACCAUCGUCGUCGUCGUCGUCAUCGUCAUCAUCAUCCUCAUCGUCGUCGUCAGUAUUGUCAUCGUCGUCAUUAUCGUCGUCAUCAUCGUUGUGGUCGUCGUCGUCGUCAUCAUCGUCGAAGCGACUACGGACGCGAGCGCAGCGGACGUUAGAUAUGAUGUACGUGACUCGUAGACACGACAGCAGAAGGAGUCUGGGACAGCAGAAGGACUCAAUGGACAGAGGCAGCGACGGCAGACAAUCCGACGAGGAGUCGUCGGAUAGUCGGCUGUCGGUGCGCGUGGACGGCUACUUGCACGACUUGGUGCUGAAGGAAGUGCGGGUGUUGCUGCACGACAUCAAGUACAGCAAGGAAUACGGCAGCGACGAGGCGAUGACGAAAGAAGAGGGCAAAUUCGGCCCCUCGUCCAAGAAGAAAUCGAAGAGGCUGUGGGAAGUGGAGAAGAUCCUGCAGAAGCGCAAACAGCGCGGCGACAAGGAGCCGCACUACUUGAUCAAGUGGAAGGGCUGGGAGUUCACAUACAACACGUGGGAGCCGCGGCGCAAUCUUAUCAACUGCGAAUAUCUGUUGCGCGAAUUCGAGGAGAGCCGCCAGAAACUGAUCGACCAGUUUAAGGCGCGGGAAAGCUUCUACCCGGAUGCGCGCGACGCCGAGCGUCUCUUGGCCGAGCUGCGCUGCCAAGGUAUAUCGAUAGACGAUCUCGACACGUUGUCGAACGAGGUCGACUGUGUGUACAGCAAUAUCCGUUUGCAUCUGAAAGACUCGCGCCGUCAGCAAGACAAUACGAAGAUCAAACGACAGAUUCUGCAUAUGCUACUUCGUGAGCUAAGAUGCGAUCAGUUGGAGUCGCUGCAGGAUUGGGAGAACGAGAUGAACUUCAUCGCGAAGUGCAAGCCGACGAUACGGGUGGAGAACCUGGUGGAUCUGGAGGGCGCGCCACAGGAUUUCUACUACAUAGACAACUAUCUACCGGGCACAGGCGUCAUAAUUCCGGACGACCCGCCGAUCGGCUGCGAAUGCGGCGUCUGCGAAGCCAAGUCCAGCUGCUGCUUCGCGCAGAACGGUCAGUCGUUGCCGUACACAUCGACCGGCCGGGUACGCGUGUCACCAGGGAUACCAAUCUACGAGUGCAACAAACGCUGCACCUGCAACGCCAGCUGUCCAAAUCGCGUGGUACAGCGCGGCACGAGCACUCAGCUGUGCAUCUUUCGUACGGACAACGGCCGCGGCUGGGGCGUGAAAACCCUGCGGGCGAUCAAGAAAGGUACCUUUGUUGUCCAUUACGUAGGCGAGGUGAUCAGCAGCGAGGAGGCUGAGAGACGGGGCAAACAGUACGACGUCACUGGUCGGACGUAUCUCUUUGACCUCGACUACAACGAGACCGACGGUCAGUGCCCCUACACUGUGGACGCCGCUAUGUACGGCAACGUCUCGCACUUCAUCAAUCACUCGUGCGACCCGAACCUCGCGGUCUACGCGAUCUGGAUCAAUUGCUUGGACCCGAACCUGCCAAAUCUCGCAUUAUUCGCCAUCAAAGACAUCAAACAAAACGAGGAACUCACCUUCGACUACACCUGUCAGACGUCACGCGGCAACGAGAAGAUGCGGCAACAGCUACGCGACACGCCGGACGCCGUCGUCGCGAAAAAUAAGACUCUAUGCAAGUGCGGCGCUGCGACGUGUCGGCGGUAUCUCUUUUAAGCGAGAGCCCAUCGCUCGGAGGUCCUUUUCUCUUUUAUCUUUGUUUCUUUUUCGAAAGAUAAUGUGUGUAUCGAUCGGCAUGAACACCUUAUCGACCUUUCUCCUUCACAUUCUCUCCUGAACUAGAGCCUCAUUGUAAUCUACAAAGAGAAACGAGUCAUCAUGAUUCGUUGUUGACUCAGCAAACACGAUUCCCUCGAUCGUCUGUGUUAACGAUUACUUGAGGAAAGUGAGAUGAAUGAUGACGACAUGCGCGAGCAUAAACUAGAAGCUUUUUGAAAUGCUGCUAUUGCGUGUCGUUUCAUCAUUCUAAUCGCGAUCAGGAUUGUUCUCCUUUAAUUUUACUAUAUUAGGGAGGUAAAGUGAUUCUUUUGGUGCUACAGAAUACAGAAAUAAUUUAAUGCAAGAAGUUUUACCUUGGUUGAGUCGUGUAUGAAACUAAUGAGAUUUUAAAGGCGCGAGUUAUGCAAGAAAUCGCUGCUCAUUGACUGACGAGAGAGAAACUAUGAGAGAUAGUGCGAUCGUUGGGGUGUGAACUUUUUUAGAUAUAUCUUAAAUUACUUUCAACAAAAUAUAUUGCUAGUUAUACGAUUUUAUUUUCAAUAGAUUUAAUGUUUAUUUUUAUAUGUCUAGUUAAUUGCACGAAGUACAGCACUAAGUAUCGGUCUACAAUCUCGCUUUAAGCUUUAAGUUCUAAGCAACUGACCAACCACAGUCAAUUAUUCUCCUUACGUUUCAAAAAUAAUCGAUUGUGAUUGGUCAGUUGUUUACGAUUUAAAUCUUAAAACGAGGUUGUAGAUCGACACUAACGUGAUGAAUGUAAAACUGAAUUUAUUUUCCUGUAAACAUAAUAAAAAAUGCAUAUCAAGCUUUAUUAUAUAGAGUCUUCACAUCUUCGAUAGGCACCACAUAGAUGCACCCUAUAAUCUGAACGGCUUUGAGGCUGAGAGCCACGACUGUCAGUUGCGUGGCCCGCUGCGCGUCAAAGGAAGAUAGAAGGUGUAGCUCUCGAAAAUCGCCUGAAAUGAGCAAACUAUUCCGAGCUCUGAUGUAGGUCGUGCACGAGAAGCGUCUUUUAUCUCGAGUUCUCGCAUAAAAGUCGGUGUAUCGCGAACAAGUAUUGCUGUAUUUUACAGCCUCUCAGUCUCAGGACCGUUCAGAUUAUAAGGGGUGCAUCUAUGUGGUGCCUAUCGAAGAUGCGUUAGAGAAGCGCGCUAAUCAGCGCUAACACGUCACUCAAUAGCCCUGAGGCUGAGAGCCGCGACUGUCAGUUGCGUGGCCCGCUGCGCGGCAAAGAAAGAUAGAAGGCGUAACUCACGAAAAUCGCCUGAAAUGGGCAAACUAUUCCGAGCUCUGAUCUACACGAUUUCGCCAAGUUCACAACGUUUCUUGUUAAUUGGAAAUCCCGGAGAAAGCUCUCGAUUAUUGGAAUAUCGUAACAAUAGCAUUUCUCCGUUAAAUUGAUGAAAAAUACAUAAUGUUUGAGAUCUAUCACGGGGAUUUUGAUGUCUGAAUUUUAAACGAAGAAAAACAAGGAAAAAAAGAAAAAAGACACUUCUGUGUGCGCAAGUAUGAAAAAUAUGAGUACAAAAUAUGAGUAUGAAAUUUUCGCCUUAAUAAUUGUAAGAUGUUGUGAAAAAUUGAGAAAGCGAAUUGAAAUCAUUCUUUAUGUAUAUUCUGUAUCCUAUAUUCAAUUUGUAAGCAAUUUAUAAGUUAUCUUCGAAGGAUAGUUUAUGACUUCGUAGACUUAUCAUACUCACUAAGAUGAAUAGAAAAUGAUUAUUCAAUAUAGAUUCGCUGAUCAGCUUGUAUUAUUACAAAUUACACAAAAUUAUUUUGUCAUUUUAUUAUUUUAUUAUUAUUUUAACGUUUUUAGAACUGAACUGAACUGUUAUAUUGUUUAUGGUAUCUGUUGAAUUGUUUGCUGAAGAUAUAUACUAACUUUUUCAAUAUUUCCAUAGAAAAGAGUUUAGAGGGAGAUCGGGGAGAAUCGGCUUUAGAGACUUUUUUGAAGUCUAAAACUUUUAAUGCAUUCAUCUGCGGUAAACAAUGUAGCAAAGUUAAAGCAAUUGGCUAGAGAAGGAAUGCAUGUUGAUCCUAAAUAAAUAAGAGACUUUUGAAAGAGUACAAAAUCAGAUAGAUACGAAGAUGUCAAAUAUAUAUUUAUAAGUAGGAAAGGACGCAUAAUAUGAUAAAUAAUAAAUCGAUUAAAUAAUUCCUGUAAUUUGUGAUAAUCUUCUGUUUUUAUCUCGUAGGAAAUCGCCGUUUGUUCUGAAACGAAGGAUCUGUUCGGUUUAAUUUGAAUAGCAUGAAGUAUUUUCUAUUCAUUUUGAUGAGUAUUAUAAAUCUACAAGAUUUUGAUAACAUCUUUCGAUGACAUUCUAUAUAUCUGAACUCAUUUGAUGUGUUGUGGAACAAUACGUACGAUGUUUUGAUGUCGAUAUUUAGAUUGUAAUAUCUUAUUAUUCCGCGCGUACGUUAUAAUUUUGUAUGUCACAGCGAUAUUAUAAAACUGUAUUUAUUCAGCCUUCGCCUCGUUAACACCAAAAUCACUUAGUGGAUAGCGGUGGAGACUGAGGCUGUGGCUUUUACACUAUACGAUAUUUAUAGGAAAAAAUCUUUGAUAUAUCGCAACAUACAUUAUUCAGUACGGCGCUCAGAUACACGACGAUGUUUGUGCGAUAUGAUAUAUGAUGUGAUAUAUAUAUAUAUAUAUAUAUAUAUAUAUA